AUGGCUCCCAAAGCUGCUGCUUCUGCGACUACCCCAGACUCGGGUGCGGGCUCUUCUUCCAAGCCUGCUGGGACUUGGGACAAUAUUGCGUUGCUCAACGAUCUUCUCGUCGCCUUUUAUCAGGUGGGCAAUCAGGCGGGCAACUUUAAUACGCAGACCAAUGAAGCGGUCGUCGCCUUUAUGACCGCCCAGGGGCAUGUAACCUCGUGGAGUGCCAUACGCCCUUCUGGCAAUGCUUCAACUUCCGGCAAUAAGCCUACUCGUGGCUGGGAUGCCGCCGCUCAUGAAGCCCUCCUCCUCUGCGUCAUUGAUGAAGUCAAGGGUGGCAAGGCCUUCUUGACCGAGGUCACGCGAAAGAUGCAGGCUCGGGGCUACUCCUACAGUUACGACGCAAUCAAUCAGCAUGUUCAGAAAUUGCGCAAGAACCGUGAUACGACUGCGCUCACUGGCCCCACGGACUCUGGUGCUGGAAGCGCCAAGACUCCUACUCCUCGAAAGUCGGCGACUCCUCGCAAGCGCCGCACCCCCAAGAAGGAGAUGAUCACUGAUGAGGACGAUGACAUGAACCUCAAGCUGGAGGAAGCCAUUGAAGACGAAGAGAUGCGCAGCCCCUCUAUCCGCCCUUCUAAGCGCGCCAAAUCUGUCGCUUCGUAA